AUGUCUGCAGCGACAGCUCCGGCUGCUCCGGGCAGUCUGGGGGCAUCAGACCCCCUCCACUGGCCCACCUCAUCUAACCAGCCCCCGAAGCGCGUAUGCUACUUCUUCGAUUCGGAUAUUGGUAACUACCACUACGGACCUGGCCAUCCCAUGAAGCCUACCAGGAUUAGGAUGUGUCACAGCUUGGUGAUGAACUACGGACUGUACAAGAAGAUGGAAAUCUUCAGAGCCAAGCCAGCUACGAAGAGAGAGAUGUCACAGUUCCAUACCGAUGAGUAUGUAGAGUUCCUCAGCAGAGUCUCGCCAGACACCAUUGAGAACUACAUUCGUGAACAGGAAAAAUUCAACGUCGGUGACGACUGUCCGGUCUUUGACGGCCUCUUCGAGUAUUGCUCUAUUUCGGCUGGUGGCUCAAUGGAGGGAGCGGCGCGACUUUCGAGAGACAAGUGUGACAUUGCGAUCAAUUGGGCAGGAGGGCUACAUCACGCUAAAAAGGGUGAAGCGAGCGGUUUCAGCUACAUCAACGACAUUGUGUUGGGAAUCCUGGAGCUGCUCCGGUAUCAUCCAAGAGUCCUAUACAUUGACAUUGAUGUUCAUCACGGUGAUGGUGUCGAGGAAGCCUUCUACACCACUGACCGUGUCAUGACAUGUAGCUUCCACAAAUACGGAGACUUCUUCCCUGGUACCGGCGAAGUCAGAGACAUCGGCCUCAACAAGGGGAGAUACUACUCGUGCAACUUUCCUCUGCGAGACGGCAUCACCGACGAAAACUACAAGUCCAUCUUUGAGCCCGUAAUCAACCGCAUCAUGGAGUUCUAUCAACCCUCAGCAAUCGUGUUGCAAUGUGGAUCUGACUCUCUGGCGGGGGACAAGAUCGGUUCUUUCAACCUUUCCAUGAGAGGCCAUGCCAAUUGCGUCGAAUUUGUCAAGUCCUUUGGUCUACCAUUGCUCCUUCUUGGUGGUGGAGGAUACACCAUGAGGAACGUUAGCAGAGCCUGGGCUUUCGAGACCGGACUCGCCGCCGGACAGGAGCUAAAUUCUCAGGUGCCCGUAAACGAGUACUACGAGUACUUUGGACCGGACUACAAUUUGGACGUGCGGCCUAAUAAUAUGGAAGAUCUCAAUACCCGCGAGUAUCUCGACAAAAUUAAGAUUCAGAUCUUUGAGAAUCUUCGCCAUACUGCUCACGCCCCAUCGGUUCAAGGUCAUGUCGCUCCAACCAUGCUUCACGAUGAUGCAAUGGACGAAGACGAAGACAGGAUACAGGAGGGAGAUGACGCAAUGGACGUGCGGGCGAGCAAAGAUCAAAGGAGACGGGAUCGGCGAGUACAGAAGAGUGGCGAGCUUAGUGACAGCGAGGACGAGGGCGAGGGCGGACGGAGAGACCGACGUGACCACGGGGAAGACGGUAAAGAUAAGAGUAAUGGCUCGGGCGUCACCCCACCUUCGGGGGAUCCGGCGAAAGUGAGCAUCAUGGCACCUCUCCAUGACGCACAGCGGCAAGAGAACAACAGUCCCGUGGAGGGGCAAGCGCCUCUGCCGUGA